AUGGGCAGCAUAUUCUCGAAAGCUAAGCCUGUGGCACCAGCAACAGUAGCUACGGACACAAUCAUUCCCUUAAACCCCAAUGAUGACUGUGCCUUGAAUAGAGGCAUUGUCAUGGGCUUCAUGAUGCGCUUCGACGAUGUGUUGGACCCAGAAAGGCUGCGCUCGUCGCUUACGAAGCUAUUAGGCCAUGAGGGAUGGCGAAAGCUCGGUGCCAGACUAAGGCUGAACUCUCAGAACAAGCUUGAGUACCAUAUUCCUGAGCUAUACGACCCGGAAAGGCCAGCUAUUGCGUACUCUCACUUCGAAUACGGGCACAGCAUCCAGAAUCAUCCGAUUGCCUCACAGCUGCCGAAAGCAACUUCAAAGCCAACAGUGAUAGGGACUCCACCGGAAAGGUUCCAGGACUUAAUGCGAAGGCCGGACGGCCCCAAGUCGAUGCAAGACUUCAUCUAUCGCGAUGAACCUCAGCUUAGUCUGCAUAUCGAGUCCUUCAAUGACGCGACGCUUGUCAGUCUGACAUGGUUGCACACAUUAUUCGAUGGGAUGGGAAGGCAGGAGCUUCUGAUCGCGUGGACUGCCACCCUCGAGGGCCGUGACAACGAUGUCAAACCCUUCCAUGGGUUUGACACAGAUCCCUUGACAGAGCUGGGCAAGAACCCUACAGAGCCUUUCGUUUUGGCUGACCAGCAACUCUCAGUUUGGGGACUAAUCCGAUUCAUUUUGAGGUAUCUUUGGGACAUCAUUCGUCAUCCUUCCGAAGAAAACCGCAUUGCUUGUAUACCGGCAGCGCACAUCAAAGCACUCAAGGAACAGGUCAAAGAAGAGUUGAGCGCACAAAAUGCCGGCCCAGACAAGUUAUUCGCCAGCGAGGGAGACAUCGUUACCGCCUUCAUCGGCCGCCUAUGGUCGCAGCAUCUCCCUGCAAACUCCAGCAAACCAGUUAUCCUCGGAAACGUCAUCAAUAUACGUCCUGCGCUUGCUCGGGAUAUUCUCCCAGAGAAGACCGCGUUUUUAUCAAACGCCACAUCCCUGAUCAUAACCCGCAUCACCGCAAAGGACCUCCGGACAAAGCCACUGAGCUACACGGCUGCCGCGGUUCGACGAUCAAUCCAAGAGCAAGGGACCAGAGAGCAGAUUGAAGCUCGCAAAGCACUAGAAGAGAAGCAUUCUGCAAUAAUGUUCGGUGACAAGAACAUGCAUCAGAUUCUCCUUUCAAACUGGGGCAAAGCUAAGUUCUUCGAAACAGACUUCUCUGCCGCCGUAGUCAAACCUGGGUGGACCUCUCUUGCUCAACCGCACAAACUUGGGAAACCCUCGCUCAUUCUCAAUGCGAACUAUGUGCGCGGCUUCUCACUUAGAUUUGCGGGCCCGAUAAUCGGCAAGGACUUAGAUGGCAAUAUUUGGUGGGGCGGCAACUUGCGUGAAGGUCUUUGGGACAAAAUUGCGCAAACUUUGGAGGGUCAGGCAACUGUAUAA